AUGGCGUAUCUACGGCUCCAAAUAGCUGUUGUUGGGGCGCCAACCGUCGGCAAGUCGGCGUUUGUGCAGAUGAUCCACAGCAACGGUGUGACAUUCCCGAAGAACUACCUCAUGACGACGGGCUGCGACUUUAUCGUGAAGGAAGUGCAGGUGGACGAGCAAAACACGGUGGAGCUUCUCAUCUUUGACGUCGCGGGGCAAAAGGAGUACGAGACGAUGAUGCCCAGCUACGUGGAGCACGCCGCAGCCUUUAUCCUCAUGUACGACGUGUCGAAUAAAGUGACCUUUGAGGCCUGCACGCGGUGGAUUAGCGCGAUAAAGCAUGUGAACAACGACAUGAUCGGAUUCCUCAUGGCAAACAAGAUGGAUCUUGCAGACAAGUCGGAGGUGACGGAGCGUCAGGGCAAAGACUUCGCGAACGCCAAUCAAAUGAAGUUCUACAAGUGCUCCACGCUGCGUGGGGUGGGCGUUCGCGAGCCGAUUGAGGACAUUGCGAGGCUCUACCUGGAUGCGUACAACAAGCGUAUUGAGCAGCUUGCCCGGGUGAAGUAA